CCUUUGCAAACCAUAAGCAGAAGGGAGAAGCAAAUAAAUGAUGGCCCCGGUGAACAUAACCUCCAUAAAAACCUCCUCAAGUGGGGCGUGGCAGGGCGACGAUCCCUUAAACUACGCCUUCCCUCUCCUUAUAGUCCAAACCACCUUGAUCCUUGUAGUCACCCGCAUCCUUGCCUUCCUCUUCAAACCCCUCCGCCAGCCCAAAGUCAUUGCUGAAAUUGUAGGAGGGAUUCUGCUAGGGCCGUCGGCAUUGGGGAGGAACAAAACCUACAUGAACAAGUUGUUCCCAACGUGGAGCACUCCCAUACUCGAAUCAGUUGCCAGCAUUGGCCUCUUGUUCUUCCUCUUCCUUGUUGGACUCGAACUCGACCUCAACUCAAUCCGCCGCAGUGGCCACCGCGCCUUCAGCAUUGCCGCCGCCGGAAUCUCUCUUCCCUUCGUCUGCGGUAUUGGCGUUGCCUUCGUCCUCCGAAAGACCAUCGACGGAGCCGACAAGGUCGGUUAUGGCCAGUUCCUCGUCUUCAUGGGCGUCGCCCUCUCCAUAACCGCCUUUCCCGUCCUCGCUCGAAUCCUCGCAGAGCUCAAGCUCCUCACCACGCCUGUAGGCGAGACCGCCAUGGCCGCCGCCGCCUUCAACGACGUCGCGGCUUGGAUCCUCCUCGCCCUCGCUGUAGCACUAGCCGGAAACGCCGACGGUAGCGGCGGCCACAAGAGCCCCGUGGUGUCCGUGUGGGUUCUCCUCUCCGGCUUGGCGUUCGUCAUUUUCAUGAUGAUGGUUAUCCGACCGGCGAUGAAGCUGGUGGCGCAGCGGUGCUCGCGGGAGCACGAUACGGUGGACGAGGCAUAUAUUUGCUUAACCCUUGCUGGAGUGAUGGUAUCGGGAUUCAUGACAGAUCUGAUCGGGAUCCACUCGAUUUUUGGCGCGUUCGUGUUCGGAUUGACGAUUCCGAAGGGAGGGGAUUUUGCGGAGAGGCUGAUAGAGAGGAUCGAAGAUUUUGUGUCCGGGUUGUUGCUGCCGCUGUACUUCGCUUCCAGUGGGUUGAAGACUGACGUGGCAAAGAUACGGGGCGGGAAGGCGUGGGGGCUGUUGGUGCUGGUCAUAUCGACGGCGUGCGCCGGGAAAAUUCUGGGGACGUUGGUGGCGGCGUUGAUGUGUAUGGUUCCGGUUAGGGAGGCGGUGACACUUGGCGUCCUCAUGAACACCAAGGGACUCGUGGAGCUCAUCGUACUCAACAUUGGAAAGGAGAAAAAGGUUCUAAACGACGAGAUAUUUGCAAUCUUGGUGCUGAUGGCAUUGUUCACAACCUUCAUAACAACCCCAAUGGUGAUGGCCAUUUACAAACCAGCACGUGGCAUCGCCAUGAAGACCCACCGCAAGCUCGGCGACUUAACCACCAACUCCGCCAGCAACGACAAGAAAGAUGAGCUCCGAAUCCUAGCUUGCGUCCAUGGCCCCGGCAACGUCCCUUCCAUCAUAAGCCUCAUUGAGUCAACUCGCAGCACCAAAAAUUCCUUCGUCAAGCUCUUCAUCAUGCACCUUGUCGAGUUUACGGAGCGAUCCUCCUCCAUCAUCUUGGUCCAACGGGUUAGAAAGAACGGCUUUCCGUUUUUUAAGCGGUCGCGCAACGGUGAGUGGCGCGACCGUUUAGCUGGGGCCUUUCAGGCCUACAGUCAAUUAGGCCGGGUCUCGGUCCGGCCCACUACUGCAAUCUCUUCUUUGCCUACGAUGCACGAGGACAUAUGCCACGUAGCGGAGGAAAAGAGAGUGACCAUGAUCAUCCUGCCGUUCCACAAGCACUGGAGGGUGGAAGCUGAUGACGAGGAUAAUGGUGGGGCCCACGAGGUGUUGGAAAAUCUGGGCCAUGGAUGGAGAGGGGUGAACCAGAAGGUUCUCAAGCACGCGCCGUGUUCUGUAGGCGUGCUAGUGGACCGGGGUUUUGGAAAUGGGUCGCAAACUCCAGGCCCAGAUAGCACGAUGGGCCAACGGGUUUGCAUCUUGUUCUUUGGUGGGCCGGAUGAUCGAGAGGCCUUGGAGUUGGGUGGGAGAAUGGUUGAGCACCCUGUAGUUAGGGUCACUAUUAUCAGGUUUGUUGAGGAAGAUGAAUUGAAUGGUAAAAAUAUUGUGUUACACCCCUCGCCAAAUGCCAAUUGCGACCAAAGUUAUAGCUUCUCAACAGCUAAAAUGAACCGUCAAAUAGAGAAGGAGUUGGAUGAGAAGGCAAUGGGAGAGUUUCGAGGGAGAUGGGGAGAGAUGGUUGGGUAUGUUGAGAAGGCAAGUGAGAAUGUUGUGGAGGAGGCACUAGGCAUAGGAAGAAGCGGAGAUUUUGAUCUUAUAGUAGUUGGGAAGGGUAGGUUUCCGUCGAGUAUGGUAGCAAAUUUGGCGGAGAGGCCGGCAGAACACGCAGAGUUGGGUCCCAUAGGGGAUGUUCUUGCAUCUUCAGGGCACGGCGUGGUGACGUCAGUGUUGGUAAUUCAACAACAUGAUGUAGCUUUGACUGAUGAGGCACCAGCAUUGAGGGUGUUACAUGGUGGCUAUGACAAUGCCAGAGGGGAUAAUGAUUCAACAUCUAGUGCUAAAGAAAUUUCAUCAGUUGACAACAAUGAUAUAGUGUGAUGGUUUUCUUUAACCUCACUUUGGUUGAUGAAAAUAGAAAGCAAAAUUACUUAUUAGUAACGCCUGUCUAAUAAUGUACAGUAUGAUGUCCUAAGAGCAAAUUAAAGCAAGCUGUUUGAAUAAUCUGUGAAGUAAUUAGUUGGGACAGGUGUUAUACAUAUUAUAGCCACAUAUGGAUCCCAUCUAAU